UAAGGAGUCCAUUAUGCUCCAUGUGUGUCCACGGCCCGGCCCCACGCUGCGGUGUCUGUAAAAAGGCCCGGCUCGGACCCGGCAGAGCUCUGGCACACACGGUGCUCGGGACACGCCGCUAAAUCCCAUUAAGAGUCUGUCCAGAGACAGCCAGUUACUGUCAGUCAUCAUGAGGCCCUCCCCGCAGGAAGCCGCAGCACUUUUAAUUAACUCUCAAAACAAGAUGCACACUUCCAGACUGAUGAGCUUUUUAAUGUGUCACAACGAGGCUGCAACCUGCAGAGGUUUUUUUAAAAACAACAACAACAAAAAAAAAAGGCACAACAAGCUCCCAACUUCGUCAGUUAAUACGCUUGUGAACCAAACUUCACCUUUCAGUCCAAAUUCUUGGGGAAGGGAUGGACGACGAAGUGGUACUCCUGAACCCAAUGAAUUGUAACAGACCCUGCAUCUUUCACUUGUGUUUCUUUAAAUAUUUCUUGAUUGUUUAAAUCUAUACAACAAAAAUCAAGACAUUAAAGUUUGUUUCACUUACACCAGACAAUCACAAACACCGUAGAAAAAAAAAGAAGCAAACUUUUCCUCUCAAUUUCUGAGAAUAAAUCUGUCGUUUUGGAAAUCCUGUUGGGAUUAAUAAAAUGAUUUGAAUUUGCUAAAUCCCAGGUGACAGAAUUGCUCUCUUAUUAUAAGGCCUCAAAUCAAUGUCUCAUGAUGUCCUUGUGUGAUAUUGUAAAAAACAAACAAACAAACAAAUAAAGAGCACAGGAUCUAAACAAGACACAUUUCUUUACAUUUGGGAGAAAAAGGCAAAAGGCUUGACGACACUUUGCCCAACUGUGAAGUAAUCGGGUAGCAGCACCAUUGGGGGGGGCGGGGGAGGAGAAAUUAUUCAAUGGAAACAUUUUAGUACCAUUUCAAGACUUCAACUAAAACAUUAAAGCUUGUGGCUCCUCCAAAUGAACAAUGAUACUGAGUGUACAGCUACGCCACUUCAAAACAAAGACAAUGCCAACACAAAGCCGCCGGUCUCAGCGCCACGGAAAUGUGCAGGCGGAGCUGAAAAGUUGUGUGUGAGCACAAGACAGCUCCAAAACCCAACUCGGCUCAAGAAGUGCCAUCAGGAGCAAAGGGCAAAAACGUUUAGCAAAACUAUUUAAAGAAACUAAUGGAAGGAUAUCCAAAAUUCAUAAGAGUCACAUUGUUAAAGACUUCUAAAUUUGAAAGAAAUCUGAAAUAUCGACUCUCGUUUUAGCAAAUAGUGUAAAACAGGAAAGUUUAGUCUGAUUUAAUGUCACCCACACAGUGGGGGGGAGGGUGGGGGGCUGAGAAAGUGGUUCCACAUUCAUAAAUUAACAGAAUAAAUCAAUAUUAAUAUCGGCACUGCAAGCAUCCACAUUCAACUUGAUUUAAAAUGACAGAACUGGUAUAACUUUGGAAAAUGUUCCAAGUGUAAAAUACUAAUCUCUCUCUCUUUUUUUUACCAUCAUAAAAUAUGCUCUAUUUUAAAUGAGAAACAUGAAUCACUGCUUCAGUUUACUUUAAUCAGUCGUUUCCAUUUUUCUUUCCAUUUAUAUUUAAUUCUAGGACUUUCUUCAGAUAUAUUUUUUUAUUUAUCCCUUUUCUGAGUUACUUCAUAAUUGUUUAUUCAGUAACUUCACUGUCAAUUCAACACGUAUUUAACUCAUUAACUUAUUUUCCAAAUUUCCACUGACGUUUUUAUGUUGUUGACAAACUACGUAAGAAAUCUCAAAAUGUGACAAAAACAUUAAAAUACAUUUGUAGCAACUGUUGUGAACUGGUCGUGCAAAAGAAACUCGCCUAUAAAUGCGCAUGCCAAAAAAUAUUUCAACGACCGGGCUGCACACGUUCCAUCACCCUAAUUUAAAUGCUGUUUAAUAUUAACUCGAAACAGAUUCAAGGGCUGAAAUAUUCAGUAAAAGGGAAAUAUAGCUUUUCUGGAAUAAUUAGAGAAGUUGCAGCACAUUUCAUUUUAGUCUGUUUAUUAUUUAAAUGCAAGCAGCAAAAGGCCCUCCAAACGCCGCGUGCAUCACUGGUCCAAUAAGUCGGGAUGUUUCCUCUCCUGGACCCUCCUCGGUCCACAACGCUCACUGACUCGUUUCUAAUCCCUUUUUGAUGAACUUGGUUAAUGGACCUCCUGCAGUGGCUUUGGCUCUGUUCAUUAGGCAGCACACGACCUUCUCCACGCCCCCGGAUUCACGCAAGCCGCGUCCCCCCCCCAUCCCCCCCCCAGCCACCCUCGUGUCUCUCGGGUCCAUAAAUUCCCGUCCCAGAGUUGGGGAUGUUUGAACUUGCGCUUCCGUCCCCAGCGCCGUCUGGUUCUGGUUCUGCUUCAGAAGAACAAGUGGAGACAUGCCGCCGCGUAAAAGCCUGUUUGCGCCCUUCAUCACCGCAACUCCGGAGGGCGGGGUCGGCCCCGCGGCCCCCGUGGAUCUCAGCGGGGACAUCCACGCCCUGCUGCAGGGGACCCGAGCGCAGGAGCAAGCCGAGGCGGCGCGCUCCAGAGACAGCCGUGACUUCUGCGAGGCGUCCCCGUGCGCCAUCGUGGAGCUCCGGCUGGGCCCCGCCCUGCACUACUUGCAGCCGGACAGGUGCGCCCUGGAGCGGGCGCAGAGGCGUCGGCGCCUGGCCGCCAACGCCCGGGAGAGGAGAAGGAUGCUCGGACUGAACGUGGCGUUCGACCGGCUGCGGAGCGUCAUCCCGAACCUGGAGAGCGAGAAGAAGCUGUCUAAAUCCGAGACUCUGCAGAUGGCCCAGAUUUACAUCAGCACCCUGACUGAGCUGCUGCAGGACGGGAGCGGGACCUGCGGGCCUUCGGAACCGAACAGAGCUGGACCUGAGGGUGAGGUUCGGAACGCGGAGAGGAGCAGAUAACCGGAACGCGUGACAGAAACUGAAGGACACUAAAAGACUCAAACUUUUUUUUUUUUACACUGUUUUCUACUGAUUGUAAAUAAAUACUGCAAUAAUGUUAACGUCUGCAGCUUUUAAUAUUCACGUCAUUUAAGAGAUUUCAGAUUGUUUUUUUUCCUCCCUCUUUUCACACAAUAAUAUCCUCAAAAAAACAAAAAAAGUAAGAAAGAAGUACCAAGUGAUAAUUCAGGACAUUGAGGAGGGGAAAAAGCAGUCCGGCAGUUACUGAAAGUAGCAAUUUUUAUUAUUUUAAAAUUAUAUACAUGUAACCAAAGACACAAGUCUGCAAAUUGGUACAAAGAUCAAGUUUUCCUGCAGAAGCUCUCUGUCCAUCCGUCCAAAACAAACACAACUGGGCAAAAAAAAAAGGCUUUAGAAAAUGAAAAAUAGAGUCCGAUUCACAAAAGUCUAGCAUCUAAAAUUAAAUUUACCCCCCCCCCCACCCUGAAUUUUCCCACAACCCCACCCUUUAUAACCCCAGACCCACCAAUUUUAACCUCCCAAACCCCCAAAUAACAUUCCUCCUACAUGAGGAAAUCAAUCUAUGUACAGGGACUAUGUACAGAAAGCUCUUCCAUUCAUUCUGCAAACGUCCGGGAAUAAAGCUCUGUAAACUUCUGUUUAAAGGAGUGUGAGGUUUGAAUUAUGUGUGUGUGUGUGUGUGAUGACACGUGCCUCGAACAAAUCAAGAAACCAUUGAAGAAUCUGAAUUGCAACACGCUGCAGAGUUAAAAGGAGUUACAACUAUGAAUGACCAACACCAUUGGGUUUUACACAAGACUCAGAGGUGUUGGUUCCUGUGAAACGUUUAUUGAUUGAGAAGUUGUUGGUUUUUUUUAGUUUUUUUUUUUUUUUAAUGAAAUGCCACAAAUGAUCCUUGCUUCGGUAAUAGUUUUCAUCCCAAGGACUUUUUUUUUUUUUUUUUUUUUUUAAGGAUUAGAUUUAU